GUAUUUAAGCGCUUCAUCAUCCCUAUGGGCCCCAGUCAUCUUCACCUGCGCUAGCAAGAGAGAGAGCGCAACCGCGCCUACCCGCUGUCAGUCAACCAAACAGUCGGUUUCAUCGGGGAGUGAGAGCAUCACAGAGACUCCUUACUAAACCCCACCAAAGGCACCCUAACCAUGGACCCCGGAAAGCUGUCGGCCACCCGCGUCACCGGUGGCCCCGCCACACCCCGCAAGGGACCGCCCAAGUUCAAGCAGAGGCAGACCCGUCAGUUCAAGAGCAAGCCCCCAAAGAAGGGCAUCCAGGGCUUUGGAGAUGAUAUCCCUGGAAUGGAAGGUUUAGGCACUGACAUCACUGUCAUCUGCCCAUGGGAGGCCUUCAACCAUUUGGAGCUUCACGAGCUGGCGCAAUACGGCAUCAUCUAAGGCCAGGCACACUCCAUCUCCCAGCAUGCCCACCAUGUGCUCCAAACCAACUGCCUCAGUCCUGGCUAUGGGCUCCAACCCGACCAAAACGCUCUCAUGCAACUAUCGAUUCAUACAAAUAUACAUCAAGACGGCAACGUUUAUAAAAAUAGAAAAAUCCAAUGAAAAAAAGUGCACAAAAAAAUAUAUCUUAUUCUUUUUUUCGGGUUUCAAUUUUUCCUUUUCUGCAGGAUAUUGCUCAAACUCGACAUCUGCUCAUUGGUAGUGGCUCAGCUCUUCCUCUUUACCCCAGAUAGCCUCUCGCUCUGGUACACAUCUGGCCCUGAGCUGGGCCAGACUCGGCUCAGGGUCGGCUGCUACUAGGGAGUGACUACUGUUUGGUCAGUUCUUCACUGUAUCUGUAGAACGGCAGCACAAUCUGUACCCCGUCCCCCCCCCCCCCGUCCCCCACUCUCCACUCUCCACCUAUUCCUCUAGCAGGCUUUUCUGUCCUGUCUUGUCCUUUUCCGUUCCUUCUCUUCUCUCCUCUCUUUUCUUCUUCAACCCCUCUUCUUCCUCUGGAACAGAACAUACGCAAGCCAAACAGCCUCAAAAUGAGUUUGAACAAACUAAACAAGUGGUGCACCCAUGAAAUGCAUGGCUUCUCAUUUCAUGCGUCUCGGCGCCUCUGUGGUCACCUCAGAGGCACUUCCACCUAAGCCGAGCUUCGGACCAAAGAAAACUAAACGAUCAGAGUCCUGUAGAGCUCACAGGGUAUGCUGCUGACCAUUGCCGAGUGGAGCGUCUGACACUAUAGAUGAAAUAUAUUUCUUUACCUCCCUCAACCUCUCCCUCUAUCCCUAUCACACACAAAAAUCAACAUUGGUAUAAUCCUCCAAAUAUCUCAACUUUCUAUGUACUUCUCCCUUAUCUUGUUUAAAAAUGUUCCAUAGAAUCAUCACGCAGUGUAUGGUCACAAAGAUGUUUUCUCAGGGAUAGGCCAAAAGUUUUGCGGACGAGGUUUGAAUGUGAGAGGCAUGAAGUUCCAUGCAUCCUCCACCGGAUUCUCCUCGUCCCCAUUUUCAGUGAGUGUAGUCUGGGGUUUUGGCACUCCUGUUUGUAGCAAAGGCACGUCUGGGGGGCUGGGUUAACUCGGGUUGGGCUGAAGGGAAAUACAGUAGUACAGUGAGGACCCCCUCUUAACACUUUGUGGUGCACUGUUCAUCUUCAUCUUCAUCAUAGCCACUUCGUUGCACUUAUCUAGUUUUAUUGAUUCAUCUUUCUUAUUUUUCAUUGAUUUUUCUUAUGUUGAACGUAAUUUUUCCUUUCAAUUUGUAGUAUAAUCAUCAUCAUCAUCAUUAUCAUCGCCAUCGUCAUCCUUUUCUUUUAUCACACAUUCUAGUUCCAUUUUCAUUGCCCUUGUAAAUCUCAUUGUAAAAUAUGAUUCAUGAUCUAUAUCCAAUUUGAUGUUGGUUGCAUGAUUUUUUUCCCUAGAUAAUUUUAGUCUUGAUGCAUCUAAGAAACUCAGUGUGUUUCUUUGUUUGCCUCAUUCAAUGUGUGAGUUGAUUUGUUUGCAUUUGUGUUGUGAUGCCCAUUUCAUCCUAUACAGCUCUGUGUUUGUGUUACUUCUUCUAUCAGUGAUUCCUGUUUCAUGCCCAUUUCAUCAUAUAGAGUUCUGUGUUUGUGUUACUUCCCACAUAUAUUCACAUCUUCUCAUCUUCCAUCAGUGAUUCCUGUUUCAUGCCCAUUUCAUCCUAUAGAGUUCUGUGUUUGUGUUACUUCUUCUCAUCUUCCAUCAGUCAUUCUUCUCAUCUAGAUGUCAUUUCACGCCUUUGUAUUCAUUAUAGGUUCACUAUUUAGAAUCAUCUGACCGCAAAGUGUUGUCCUUCCUGAGUACAUACUGUACAACUCUCUCACCAUGCAAAGUCCAAUGGCUGUUUUGCACAACUGCACACAUAAUAUGUAUGGUGAGUUGGUCCUCUAGUGUCCUGGUUUUCAUACCAGGUAAAAUUAUUACAAAGAAUUUUCUUCUGGAAUUUUCUGAUAUAGUGUUAGAGAGCUCUUGCAACUGGUUAUUGCUAUGUAAACAAGAGAGAUACGAGUACAUUUACUGAAAGAUUGAAAUGUAUAGUUAUUUCAUCAUUGUACAUGGCAGGUGUUCUCUACAGGAUGAGAUCAAAUAAAUGCAAAAAAAAGGGGAAAAAAA